GAGCAACCGGUCUGUUUGGAAACGUGAACAUGAGAGAAAUUUCUGUGGUAAAAAUCUAGCUUAGUUACACGAUUAGAAAACAGGGAGGAAUCCGGUGGAGAACGAUGUCACGUUCAGCCAAGUCACGUGGAGAGAAGAGUCGUGGUGGGGGGUCAGCAGGGGUCCUGGUUCCUCCGGUGCCCCUCCAGCAGCCCACGGUGACCUCAGACAUCAUCGUGGGCCGUCUGACUGAAAGCACCUGGCGGGAGAUGGUCGAGCAGGAGGAGGGUGAGGAGGUGGUGGCAGGCCUAAUUGAUGAGCUGAUGGAUCAUGUGAUGGACAGGUGCUUUCAGGUGCACCUGCAGAUACAGCUGGUGCCGUUUUGCGUGCGGUGGGCGCGGGAGGCCCUGGCGCAGACGAUAGAGUGGAGGUUCCUGGUGAGGGAUGAGGGUGAGAAUUCGGACAGCGACACCCUGUGGACGGAGGACCCAGAGCCUGAGCCCAGCGCCCCGGAUUCCUGGGCGGAGGGGUGUGUUCCCGUGGUGUAUUUCAACCAGCAAGUACGCACACCUUUACUGCAGAAACUCCUGGACCUCAAUGUGGAAGAGCCUGAACAUCCAUCCAACCCCAACACCUCUGGCAGAUCCCACUCCCAGAGCAGAGAUGGGGCUCAUCUGCCAGCCUCAGAACAGCUCCAACCAGCUAAACAAGACUUACGGAACAUCAAACCCGCCAGAACCCACAAAGACACCCUAACGUUAUCGACCGCCCCAAGCAAAAGCACAGGGGGUCAAAAGAAACAGCAAGCUCAGCUAAAGCCUCUCCGAGCCUCUUUUCCAGCCAACAGAUCCCAGAAGCCUUUGCAAGUGUUUCCUCCAGGAGCUGUGAGGCCUUUGCCGGAGAGUGAGGACCAGAAUUCAGCAAAAAACGUCAUUUCCAAAAAGCACUCGGAGCUUCGGGUCCUGAAACGGCGGCCCGUCAGACCGGCCCAAAAACUGAACUGA